AUGCGUCCAAAAUCAAAAAAAGAUACAGGGCUUGGAAAAGCAAUUAUCAGAGAUCGAUUUAAGGGGAAUACAAGGCCAAAAGACGGCGAUACUUUCUUGCAUACCACAGAUUUGGAUGAUGGUGCGAGUUGGACAAAAUUACGAUCUAUAACUCAACAGCGUGAUUUGGAUGAAUUUUUGAGUACAGCUCAAUUAGCAGGAACUCAAUUUACCGCUGAAAAGUUAAAUAUCAAGGUGGUAACAAACACUUACCACAAUCCUUUUCUUCUGAGUGCUGAAAAGGAAAAGGAAGUUUUAGCAAGACAAGAAGCUAAUAUAGAAAGACUAGUAAUACCAAGAAGGCCAAAAUGGGAUAAAACGACUACUCCUAGUCAAUUAGAACGAAAUGAAAGGGAUGCAUUUUUACAGUGGAGACGUGAUUUAGCAUUUCUCCAAGAACAAGACGAAUUUCUUCUAACACCAUUUGAACGUAAUCUAGAAGUAUGGCGUCAAUUGUGGCGCGUAAUCGAAAGAUCUGAUUUGGUGGUACAAAUUGUUGAUGCAAGAAACCCACUGUUUUUUCGAUCAAAGGAUUUAGAAAAAUAUGUUAAAGAAGUUAAUGAAAAAAAAAAGAAUUUGUUAUUAAUUAAUAAAGCGGAUCUAUUAAGUGCUAAUCAAAGGCGUGCCUGGGCAGAUUAUCUUGAUACACAAGGUAUUCGAUACAUUUUCUUUUCUGCUUUUCUGGCACAAGAAAAACUUGACAAAGAACAAUCAGAAGUGAUGAAUGCUGAUAAUAGUACACUUGAAUCUCAGGAUAACAGUAAUGAUGGAAGCAAAUCAACAACUAAAUGGUCUUCUGAAAAGCAGAAUGUGAAAAAUUCAUGUAAAGAUGAGGAUUCGGAAGAUGACGCAUACAUCAAUUUUAAAACUUUACCUAAGAAAGAUCUAAACUCUGAGCACAAUGUAGAUGAUAAUGAAAAAGUACGAAUUAAAACAGUUACUAACCUAGUUUCUUUAUUAGUUGCUGAAGCUCAGGAUAUUAAAGAUUCUGCUGAUCCCAAUAAGAAACUAACAAUUGGUUUAGUUGGAUAUCCAAAUGUUGGCAAAUCAUCGACAAUAAAUGCUUUACUUGGAGAAAAACGAGUUUCAGUUUCAUCAACUCCGGGAAAGACAAAGCAUUUCCAAACUAUUCAUCUUUCACCUUCAUUAGUAUUAUGUGAUUGUCCCGGAUUAGUAUUCCCAAAUUUUGCCACUACAAAUGCUGAUAUGGUCUGCAAUGGAGUGUUGCCGAUAGAUCAAUUAAGGGAACAUACUGGUCCUGUAGCGUUGGUUGUGCAACGAAUACCUAAAUCCGUUCUUGAAGUUGUUUAUGGUAUCAAAAUUUGCACCAAAUCACCAGAAGAAGGUGGAAAUGGUAUACCAACAGCAGAAGAAUUGUUGGUUGCUUAUGCAGGUGCGAGAGGAUUCACGAAGUCGGGACACGGUAAUCUUGACGAAUCACGAGCAGCACGUUACAUACUUAAAGAUUAUGUUAAUGGCAAACUUCCAUUUUGUCAUCCACCAUUAGCUGAAAUAUCUCCGCUGGAAUUCAACGCUGAAUUACAUAAUUUGAAAUUAUAUACAAAAAAGACGUUACCACCUUCAUCCACUAUAACACAUGAAGACGAUAUGUCAAAAUCAUUUACAGAAAUAAAUGUUAGUAGAAAAUCUCGAGCCUUUGAUAAAUCAUUUUUCAGCAAUCGAGCACAAUUACCAAAAAUUAAAGGGAAAUACGCAGGUGAAUUUAGCAGAGUCAAAUUAUAUUCUAUCCACGAUAAACUCAAUGAUGAUGGAAAACCAAAUGAUGAAGGUGGAUCACCAUCUGUUUUAAUAUCAUCUGCUAAAAAACAUCACAAAAAAGGGAAAAAGAACGUGAAGAAUCGUGGUGCAAAUGGUUACGAUAUUUAA